CGAAGCAUCACAAUCAGCCGGUUUGGGACUUGUUGAUAAAAACGUUAAGUGCCCGCAGACAAGAGUUAAUAACAUGAAAAAGGUGCUAGUUACUGGUGGAACAGGCCUUGUUGGCAAAGCCCUGGAAGCUGUUAUCAAGGAACAACCGCCAACCGACGAGGAAUGGUUCUUUGCCGGCUCCAAAGAUGCGGAUCUAACGAAUCUGGCUGCCACGCAGGCAUUGUUUGACAAAGUGCAGCCGACGCAUGUGAUACAUCUGGCGGCCAUGGUCGGUGGCCUGUUUCACAAUAUGAACAACAAUCUGGAUUUCUUGCGCAACAAUUUGCUGAUAAACGAUCAUGUGCUGCAAACGGCACACGAGAAUGGCUGCACAAAGGUUGUUUCCUGCCUGUCCACCUGCAUAUUUCCGGACAAGACCAGCUAUCCCAUUGACGAGACAAUGGUGCACAAUGGACCACCACAUGGAUCCAACUAUGGUUAUUCCUAUGCCAAACGCCUGAUAGACAUACAGAAUCAUGCCUACCACGAUAAGUACGGUAAUUUGUAUACAUCUGUGAUACCAUGCAACAUUUUUGGUCCACACGACAAUUACAAGCCCGAGGUUAGCCAUGUUAUACCCGGCAUGAUCCAUCGCAUGCACAAGUUGCGCACCGAGCAGCCGGAAAUACCCGAAAGCGAUAAGAUCUUUACAGUCUAUGGCAGUGGCAAGCCAUUGCGUCAGUUCAUCUAUUCACUGGACUUGGCCAAGCUAAUGAUUUGGGUGCUGCGGCACUACAACAGUGUGGAGCCCAUUGUACUGAGUGUGGACGAAUCGGCGGAGGUUACCAUCUACGAUGUGGCUGAGGCUAUAGCCAAAGCAUUUAACUUUAAGGGUAAACUCGUCUGUGAUACGAGCAAAGCAGAUGGACAAUACAAGAAGACGGCAUCCAAUGCAAAGUUACGAAAGUUAUUGCCCGACUUUCAGUUUACAGACUUUAAGCAGGCAAUUGAUGCAUCUGUGAAUUGGUAUACCAGCAACUAUGAUCUGGCCAGAAACUGAUAUCAAUAUAAUAAAAGACCAUCUAUUUUAUAUAA